AUGGUACUGCUACUUUAUAAAGUCAUAAUAUUAAGAAAAAAAUCUAAGAUUAAUUUUAGAGAAGAUUAUCUAUUUUUUGUGAUCCAGAAAGACUAGUUUGAAGUGGAUGAAAUAUAAUUUUCUUGCUUUUCCAAAUGUGACUGAACGUGCUAGGUUAUCUCUCCUAUGAGUGUAAAGGUCUGAACCACCUGCCCAGAAACACACCCUGUCUGUCAUCAUCACCAUCAGGGGGAAACGCACCCUGUCUGUCAUCAUCACCGUCAGGGGGAAACGCACCCUGUCUGUCAUCAUCACCGUCAGGGGGAAACGCACCCUGUCUGUCAUCAUCACCGUCAGGGGGAAACACACCCUGUCUGUCAUCAUCACCGUCAGGGGGAAACGCACCCUGUCUGUCAUCAUCACCGUCAGGGGGAAACGCACCCUGUCUGUCAUCAUCACCGUCAGGGGGAAACGCACCCUGUCUGUCAUCAUCACCGUCAGGGGGAAACGCACCCUGUCUGUCACCGUCAGGGGGAAACGCACCCUGUCUGUCAUCAUCAUCGUCAGGGGAAACGCACCCUGACUGUCAUCAUCAUCGUCAGGGGGAAACGCACCCUGUCUGUCAUCAUCAUCGUCAGGGGGAAACGCACCCUGUCUGUCAUCAUCGUCAGGGGGAAACGCACCCUGUCUGUCAUCAUCACCGUCAGGGGGAAACGCACCCUGUCUGUCAUCAUCACCGUCAGGGGGAAACGCACCCUGUCUGUCAUCAUCACCGUCAGGGGGAAACGCACCCUGUCUGUCAUCAUCACCGUCAGGGGGAAACGCACCCUGUCUGUCAUCAUCAUCGUCAGGGGGAAACGCACCCUGUCUGUCAUCAUCACCGUCAGGGGGAAACGCACCCUGUCUGUCAUCAUCACCGUCAGGGGGAAACGCACCCUGUCUGUCAUCAUCACCGUCAGGGGGAAACGCACCCUGUCUGUCAUCAGCACCGUCAGGGGGAAACGCACCCUGUCUGUCAUCAUCACCGUCAGGGGGAAACUCACCCUGUCUGUCAUCAUCAUCGUCAGGGGGAAACGCACCCUGUCUGUCAUCAUCACCGUCAGGGGGAAACGCACCCUGUCUGUCAUCAUCACCGUCAGGGGGAAACGCACCCUGUCUGUCAUCAUCAUCGUCAGGGGGAAAGAUUAA